AUGGGCGUCAAACAGUUCUUUAAAGACCGCCCUCUCAAGGUCAAAGAUAGUAAAGUUACCAAAGCAGCUGAGCUCACCUUGAGAGAAUCCAUCUGGCCCAUCGCCCUCGUCACAGUCCUCUUCUUCCUUUGGGGUUUCAGUUAUGGCCUUCUCGAUACACUGAACAAGCAUUUCCAAAAGGUCCUCGAUAUUGAUCGUGCUCGAUCUGCUGGUCUUCAAGCUGCGUAUUUCGGCGCUUACCCUCUUGCUUCGCUGGGACACGCUGCCUGGAUUCUCCGUCAUUACUCGUACAAGGCUGUUUUUAUCUGGGGUCUCAGCUUAUACGCUAUCGGCGCAUUGAUUGCCAUCCCAUGUAUCAAAGCCAAGUCCUUUGCUGGCUUCUGCAUGUCCAUUUUCAUCAUUGGUAACGGACUUGGUUCGCUUGAGACAGCUGCCAACCCUUUCAUCACUGUCUGUGGUCCUCCUCGAUACUCGGAAAUUCGCAUCAACAUUUCCCAGGCCUUCAACGGUGUCGGCACUGUCAUCGCUCCUGUACUAGGCUCAUAUGUCUUCUUCAACAACCUUGACGAUGAAGAGGCAUUGGCCAAUGUGCAGUGGGUAUACCUAUCCAUCGCCGUCUUUGUCUUGAUCUUGGCCUGUCUCUUUUACGUUUCCAAGAUUCCCGAGAUCACCGACGCGGACAUGGCAUUCCAAGCUCAAGAGACUCACUCAAAGGCCGACGAGAAACCGUUCAUCAAGCAAUACAAGCUCUUCCAUGCAUCCUUUGCUCAGUUCUGCUACACGGGCGCACAAGUCGCCAUUGCGAGUUUCUUCAUCAACUAUGCCGUCGAGUUGCGCCCCAACACGUCAGAAUCUGUAGGCGCAAAGCUCUUUGCCGGCGCACAAGCAGCCUUCACCGUUGGUCGCUUCUUCGGAACCUUUUUGAUGAAGUUCAUAAAGCCCCGAAAAGUAUUUCUGGUGUUCCUGGCCAUGUGUAUUGUCUUUAUCGGCCCGCCCAUCGUCCACCACGGCAAUGCCGGUGUUGCGUGUCUCUACGUCGUUCUCUUCUUCGAGUCCAUCUGUUUCCCGACGAUUGUGGCGCUGGGUAUGAGAGGCCUUGGACGGCACACAAAGCGAGGUAGUGGUUUCAUCAUUGCUGGUGUUGUUGGCGGUGCUUGUGUUCCUCCUCUGACUGGAGCUGUGGCCGACAUGCAUAGUAUGGGAAUCUCCAUGGUCGUCCCCAUGGUCUUCUUCGUGGCGGCUUUAUCGUAUCCCCUUGCUGUCAAUUUUGUUCCGGCUUACAAGAACGUUGUUGACGUCUUUUACGAGGCGGAUAUUGGUAUUGGCGAUCGAACUCUUGACGAGGAGAAGAUUCAAGGUGGACAAAUCGAGGAGAAGGGCGAAUUGCCAGCUGCUCGUUAG